AAAUAAAGUUAAUUAUAUUGCAAACUGGUCCUUCCCUAAUUCAGUUACCAUGGUUAAAGUAAGUUUUUUUAACCUUUCAGAUUAAUUGACUUGACUGUUCAGUUUCCCUCUCUUUUGAAAACUGAAACAUUCAUAAUUGUUCAUCAUUCUCCAUACUCCUCCCUUCCUCAUUCACUAUACUAAACGUUUCAGAGAAAAAGAGAGAGUUAGCAGAGACGACUAGGGUUCUUUGAGGUCCUGCGGCGGAAAGCACGACGCCGGCGAGAACGACGGUGGUUCUGUGAGAUCGACGACGGGAAGGCGCGGUUUCACCGACCAAGGAGCACCUGCAAGUACCGAGUGAUUUUUAUGAGAAACAUAAAACUGCCUUGGGGGAUCGUGUUGUCAUUAUGGAUCCAGUAGGUGGGGAGUUCUCUUUUAGGUUACUUGCUGGGAACUUAGGGGGCUUGAUUUUUGAAUGUGUUGCUGAAUUUGUAAGGAGAUAUGGCCUGAAAGAAAAUCACUUAUGUGAUUUUUUCUAUUUUGGAAAAAACACAUUUAUUGUGAAGAUUUUGGAUGGUACCCUGAAAGAAAUUAGCUAUGGUGUUGGCACUUCCCUAAGCCAACCUAUAGUAAUUGAUGAUGGUGAUGAGGAGGCUGUGGAUGAUGAGGAUCCAGUGGGAGAUGAUGAGGAUGCUGAAGUAGAUGAGGAGGAUGAUGGAAUUAUGGAAGUUAGUGAAGGAGAGGAAGAAAAUGGUGUGAACAGGGUUCUUCACCCAUUUGAUAAGGUGAUUACUAAAUCAGAUUCAAAAGGAGAUCAGACUUUGUCACUACCCAUGAUGUAUGUUCGGAACCAUGUUAGGCCAAAUUGGCAGCACGUUGUUCUAUGUAACACCCUCUAA